GCGCGGCCGCGCGGGCGGGCGGGCGGGGGAGCGGGAGGGAGGCGGCGGGAGCGAGCGUGCGCGCGGCCGGGCAGCCUGGGCAGCGGGUCCUGCCUGUGACGGGCGGCGGCGGUCGGUCCUGCCCGUAACGGCGGCGGCGGCGGCGGCGGCUGCUCCAGACACCUGCGGCGGCGGCGGCGACCCCGCGGCGGGCGCGGAGAUGUGGCCCCUGGUGGCGGCGCUGUUGCUGGGCUCGGCGUGCUGCGGUUCAGCUCAGCUACUAUUUAAUAAAACAAAAUCUGUAGAAUUCACGUUUUGCAAUGAUACUGUCGUCAUUCCUUGCUUUGUUACUAAUAUGGAGGCGCAAAACACUACUGAAAUAUACGUGAAGUGGAAAUUUAAAGGAAAAGAUAUUUACACCUUUGAUGGAGCUCUAAACAGGUUCACUCUCCCCUCUGACAUUAAAACUGCAAAAAUUGAAGUCUCGCAAUUACUAAAAGGAGAUGCCUCUUUGAAGCUGGAAAAGAGUGAUGCUCUCUCACAUACGGGAAACUACACUUGCGAAGUAACAGAAUUAACCAGAGAAGGUGAAACAAUCAUCGAGCUAAAAUAUCGUGUUGUUUCAUGGUUUUCUCCAAAUGAAAAUAUUCUCAUUGUUAUUUUCCCAAUUUUUGCUAUCCUCCUGUUUUGGGGACAGUUUGGUAUUAAAACACUUAAAUAUAGAUCUGGUGGUAUGGAUGAGAAAACGAUCGCUUUGCUUGUUGCUGGACUGACGAUCACUGUCAUUGUCAUUGUUGGAGCCAUUCUUUUCGUCCCAGGUGAAUAUUCAUUAAAGAAUGCUACUGGACUUGGUUUAAUUGUGACUUCUACAGGGAUAUUAAUAUUACUUCACUACUAUGUGUUUAGUACAGCCUUUGGAUUAACCUCCUUCGUCAUUGCCAUAUUGGUUAUUCAGGUGAUAGCCUAUGUCCUUGCUGUGGUUGGACUGAGUCUCUGUAUUGCGGCGUGUAUACCAAUGCAUGGCCCUCUUCUGAUUUCAGGUUUGAGUAUCUUAGCUCUAGCACAAUUACUUGGACUAGUUUAUAUGAAAUUUGUGGCUUCCAAUCAGAAGACUAUACAACCUCCUAGGAAAGCUGUAGAGGAACCCCUUAAUGCAUUUAAAGAAUCAAAAGGAAUGAUGAAUGAUGAAUAACUGAACUGAAGUGUGGACUCUGAUUUGGAGAGUAGUAAGACGUGAAAGGAAUACACUUGUGUUUAAGCACCAUGGCCUUGAUGAUUCACUGUUGGGAAGAAGAAACAAGAAAAGUAACUGGUUGUCACAUAUGAGACCCUUACGUGAUUGUUAGUUAAGUUUUUAUUCAAAGCAGCUGUAAUUUAGUUAAUAAAAGAAUUAUGAUCUAUGUUGUGUGCCCAAUUGAGAUCCAGUUUUUGUUAUCAUUUUUAUUAGGGGCAAAAGUAGAAUGGACAGUUUCCAAGAAUGAUGCCUUUCAGGUCCUAGGGCCUCUGGCCUCUAGGUAACCAGUUUAAAUUGGCUCAGGGUGAUAAUUACUUAGCACUUCCCUGGUGAUUACCCAGAGAUACCUGUGGCUUCCAUCAAACCUUUGCCAACUCAGGUUCACAGCAGCUUUGGGCAGUUACGGCAUUAGCUGAGAUGCCUCUGCCACUUCUGGGUCAAGGGAAUAAUAAGUUAAGUACAGGCAGGAAUUUGGUUGGGAGCAUCUUGUAUACCAUCUCCGUGUGAUGUGAUAUUGAUGGAGAUAGUGGUCCUCAUUCUUGGGGGUUGCCAUUCACACAUUUCCCCUUCAGCAAACAGUGUAACGGGUCCUUCCCAGAUUUCAGGUACCUUUAUUGAUGGAUAUGUUUUCCUUUUAUUCACAUAACCCCUUGAAGCCCUGUCUUAUCCUGCUGUUCCUUGCUUCUGCUGUACAAGAUGUAGCACCUUUUCUCCUCUUUGAACAUGGUCUAGUGACACGGUAGCACCAGUUGCAGGAAGGAGCCAGACUUGUUCUCAGAGCACUGUGUUCACACUUUUCAGCAAAAAUAGCUAUGGUUGUAACAUAUGUAUUCCCUUCCUCUGGUUUGAAGGCAAAAAUCUACAGUGUUUCUUCACUUCUUUUCUGAUCUGGGGCAUGAAAAAGCAAGAUUGAAAUUUGAACUAUGAGUCUCCUGCAUGGCAACAAAGUGUGUGUCACCAUCAGGCCCAAAGGCCAGCCCUUGAACGGGGUUUAUUACUGUUGUAUCUAUGUUGCAUGAUAAACGCUCAUCACCUUCCUCCUGUAGUCCUGCCUCGUACUCCCCUUCCCUAUGAUUGAAAAGUAAACAGAACCCACAUUUCCUCUCCCGGUUAGAAGAAAAUUAACGUUCUGACAGUUGUGAUCGCCUGGAGUACUUUUAGACUUUUAGCACUCGUUUUUUACCUGUUUGUGGGUGUGUGUUUGUAUGUGCAUACGUAUGAGAUAGGCACAUGCAUCUUCUGUAUGGACAAAGGUGGGGUACCUACAGGAGAGCAAAGGUUAAUUUUGUGCUUUUAGUAAAAACAUUUAAAUACAAAGUUCUUUAUUGGGUGCAAUUAUAUUUGAUGCAAAUAUUUGAUCACUUAAAACUUUUAAAACUUCUAGGUAAUUCGCCACGCUUUUUGACUGCUCACCAAUACCCUGUAAAACUACGUAAUUCUUCCUGUUUGUGUAAUAAGAUAUUAAUAUUUGUAGUUGCAUUAAUAAUAGUAUUUCUUAGUCCAUCAGAUGUUCCUGUGUGCCUCUUUUAUGCCAAAUUAUUGUCAUAUUUCAUGUUGGGACCAAGUAGUUUGCCCAUGGCAAACCUAAAUUUAUGACCUGCUUAGGCCUCUCAGAAAACUGAACAUACUAGCAAGACAGCUUUUCCUGAAAAAAAAAAAAAAAUUAUGUAUACACAAAUAUAUACGUAUAUCUCUAUGUACGUAUAUAUAUGUUCUUCCCUGAUUGUGUAGCUGUCCAAAAUAUUAGCAUAUAUAGAGGGAGCUGUAUUCCUUUAUACAAAUCCGAUGGCUCCUGCUGCACUUUUUCCUUCUGAAAAUAGUUACAUUUUCCUAACGUAGUUUGUUACCUUAAAAAUCAGUUGCAAUGAAAGCGGAGGUACGGGGGGAAAGCAGAUGGACUUGAAAAAGAGCCAAACUCCUAUCAGGAAAGGUAUGAAAAUCUUUAUAAUAAAAUGUUUUGUAAACUAAAGUUGUACCUUUUAAUAUGUAGUAAACUCUUAUUAAUUUGGGGUUCACUCUUGGAUCUCAUCCAUCCGUUGUAUUCUCUUCAAUGCUGCCUGCCGUUGGAGGCAUUCACUGCCCUAGACAAUGCCACCAGAGGUAGCGGAGGAAAUGCCAGAUAAAAUCAACUCUUGCAUCACUAGUUGUCAGCUUCUCUGGAUAAGGGACCACAGCAGCAGGAGUCCUCCUGCUUGGGCAUCACUGGGCCAGUUCCUUCUCUUUAACUCAGAUUCGUAAUAGCUCCCAAAUUUCAUCACAUCCCAUUUAAAUGCAGACAAUGUUUUGAGCAUUUGAGCAUCAUGUACCUGUUUUGUCCCACAAUAUGCUUUUUACUCCCUGAUCCCAGUUUCUGCUGUCGACUCUUUUCAUUCAGUUUUAUUUAUUGUCUGUUCUCAUAGUGACACCAUUUGUCCUUUUCUGCAGCAACCUUUCCAGCCACUUUUGCAAAAUUCAAUUUGUCUACUCCUUCAAAACAUUCUCUGGCCCUGCAGCCCCUUCCCCCAGCUCUCCUUGGCAGUCUCUCUCCGUCUGUGUAGCUGCUCUUUCAUCUCUUCAUUUACCUUUCCUGUAGUUUAUAGGAAAUAGAACGAUGUAUCUCUGCUUAGUUCUAUUGGUUUUUUGGUCUUGCUCCUCUCCCUUGAUUUUAAAAUUUCUUCAGUAGCUAGAGGGUUUCUUUGUUCCGUUCUCUCUUCCUGCAGUGUUUUGCAUACAUCAGACGCUAGGUACAUAAGUUACAGAUGAUUGAGAGUUAGGUGCAUUUAGAUUUAUCGCUUUUUAAUAGGGUGAGCGUGAAUUUUCUUUUCUUUGACAAAUUUCACAUGCUCUAAAAACAUUCAGAGGUAAUGAUUUUUCUCCUGGAAACUCCAGGUCCAUUCUGUUUAAAUCCCUAAGAAUGUCAGAAUUAAAAUAGCGGGGCUAUCCUGAAAUUGGAAGUAUUUCUUUUUUUCAGGAUGCUAUAGUCAAUUUAGUAAGUGACCACCAAAUUGUUACUUUCAUUAACAAAGCUCAAAAGAUGAUAAGCUUACUUCUCCAUCUCAGUAAUAAGCUCUAAUCAACCUUCUAGGUUUCUCUUGUCUUAAAAUGGGUAUUCAAAAAGGGGCAUCUGUGGCGUAUGUAUGGAAACACAUACUCCUAAUUUACCUGUUGUUGGAAACUGGAGAAAUGAUUGUCGGGCAAUUGUUUAUCUUUCAUUGUAUUUUAUUUGGUUGAGGGUUUCUUUUAUAAACAGUUUUACUUGUGUCAUAUUUUAAAUUACUAACUGCCAUCACCCGCUGGGGGUCCUUUGUUAAGUCAUUUUCAUUGACUACUAGGGAUUCUCCAGGUAACUUUGAAGAGAUGAGCAGUGAGUGAGCAGGAAGUUUUUCUGCCUUUAGCUUUGACAGCUCUUAAUUAUGAUCAUUGAAGACCAGCUUUCUCGUAAAUUUCUCCUUUUGAAACAAAGACAGCCUUUGUACUAAGCUUUUCUGUAAGAUAACAUCUUAAAUCUUAAAAUUGAUGUUACCAUGGCUGGUGAGAGAAGAAAACAUUUUGUUUUUAUUAAAUGGAGCAUUAUUUACAAAAAGCCAUUGUUGAGAAUUAGAUCCCACAUUGUAUACUUAUCUAGUAACCAUUCUAAAUAAAGAGAACUCCAGUGUUGCUAUGUGCAAGAUCCUCUAUUGAGAGCUUUUUUGCAUAGCAAUUAAAGGUGUACUAUUUGUCAGUAGCCAUUUUUUUGCAGUGAUUUGAAGACCAAAGUUGUUUUACAGCUGUGUUACCGUUAAAGGUUUUUUUUUUUAUAUGUAUUAAAUCAAUUUAUCACUGUUUGAAGCUUUGAAUAUCUGCAAUCUUUGCCAAGGUACUUUUUUAUUUAAAGAAACAUAACUUUGUAAAUAUUACCCUGUAAUAUUAUAUAUACUUAAUAAAACAUUUUAAGCUA